AUGGAUUUAAUCCGUCUUCUAUUCUGGAAUUGCCGCGGUGCCGGCAAUAACAAAUUUAAACGUAAUCUUGUGGAAAUUGUCAAGACCCAUAAACCAAAGAUUCUGAUCCUCAUGGAAACCAAGGUGGCCUUCAGCACCAUGAGUGAAUUCUUUAAUCAACUUGGAUUCACUGCCUCAUCUACGAUUGAUCCCGUAGGCAGAGUGGGGGGUAUAUGGAUUGCUUGGGAUACAAGCCAAGUGAAUGUUAGAGCCUCUAUAGUUAGUCCACAAGUCAUUCACGCUACUGUACAUGAGGAGGAUUAUGAGGAAUGGGUAUUGGCUGCUGUCUAUGCCAGUCCCAACCCCAGCCUUCGGGAACGGCUUUGGCAGGACCUUGAAGAUGUAGCACAUUCUAUGCAACAACCUUGGCUGGUGGCUAGAGACUUUAAUGACUACGCUAAUCAAAGUGAAAGAAGGAGUUUCUCAGCUAGCCAAAAUACCAGUAGAACUCAAAAAUUUCUAGAUCGGGUGAAUAGCUGUAAUCUAAUUGACUUGGGCAGUUCCGGACCUCGCUUGACAUGGACGAACAAUAGACAAGGUAUGGCUAACACCAUGGAAAGACUUGACCGAGCCCUGUGUAAUGCGGAUGAAGAACAAGGGAGGAUUAAUGUUUUUACCCGAUUGGAAGUUGGAUUUGCGAAGGCUUCUUUUCAAGCUCACCCUUUUUACCCGUUCCGUUAUCUGUAA